GUCGUUUCAUGUUUUUAUCAGUUGAUAUCUGAUAAGAAUUUUGAGUCGACGUCUUUGUACAAUACCUUCGGGUGAUUCGUGACAUCAAGUCGAUUAGUGUUGGGGCAGGGAACGAAGGCUGAUUCACAGCAAUAUCACAAAAAUAACAAUUUGUAACAAUUUCUUUUGUUAUUGUUUGUGAUGUGCUCAAUCAGUGGUCGUAAAAAAUGAACGUGCAGUUUAAGUGAAAAAUUGCUCUGUUUAUUGAAAAAUUGUACCGUUUCUUGAAAAAUAAAGGAAAGGAAGCAGCAAGUUUGACGAAAGCUCUGGGCGCGUCAUCGACGGACGGCUUCAAGGGCGCAGCAGCCUCCACCGGCCGGCGCUGAUCAGAGUGGAGCUCGACGCGAAGCCGCACCAUUGCGCCGCCGACGCUUUGCCACAACACACGUUUCGCAUGUCUGGCUUCAAAAAUAAACAAUGCCCAGCACGCCGAUCGACACUCACCACCUGUUGUGAACGUUCAAUGCUCUCGAUGUUGGUAUUGGUGCCCCGAGCUCCGGGUAUUUUAUUAACAAUGCGGCUUUUAAUUGUUGUGAGUGCAAUUGUUUAUGCCAGUGCCGGUAGCGUCCAGGAAGACAAGGUGUUUAAUAAGUGUUGUCCGAACAGUCAAAGUUUAAUGAAAGUGUCAGAUGGUGAAGACUUUGCAACCUCCUUUCAGUGCAUAGAUCGCGAAAGUGCUCAGAAGAGUUAUAAUAUUAGUAUUUCACCGCUUUUGAUUGGUGAUAAUGUACCGGUGCAGUAUGGUAUGCCUUCAGAGUGUGAUGCGGUGCAAAUGAUGCAGAUCAUAUCCUCUGAACUAGAUGACCGGUUUCAAGAUUCAGAAAAUUGUCAUGACAGACUUGAUCUUGAAGUUCUAAACGGUACCCUGAAACAAAACAUUCCUGAAAUAGUAGAGCUAGGGUGUAUUAAAAAUGAAUCUGCGAAGACAUCUCAACAGAAACUUACUAUACAGCAUUAUCGAAAAUGUUGUCCGAGGGGAAAGAGCUACGAUACUAAUUUCCAUUUGUGUAGAGAUACUGAUGUUAAUAAUACAGAAGACUGGCUUUUGCAGCAGUUGAAUAUGAGCGAUCAUGAUAUUUAUGACAUCGAUCAUGGAUUGAAUUGCAAAAUGGAUCAGUUCGGUGUGGAGCUAAGAGAGGAAUAUUUUUCAUUAGAAGUUGAGGGCAGUAAUUUGAAAGUUACAAGCAGAAACGGAAAGGGUGGCGGAGUGGCACUGCCAGGCGAGUGGUGCUUGGACGGAGAGUAUUCCAGGAAAGAGCUGAUCGCUCGCGUGUGUACUCAUGAUAACUCUAAGUAUGGAGCAUUAAGUGUCAGGAAAUGCUGUCCCAUCGGAUAUCAUUAUAAGCCUAGACGAUGUGGAAGUUUUGUAAGCAAAUGUACACCAAACUCGGACGACGUAUUAUUCAACAUAACAGACUAUUUGGAGCCUCUGCAGCGUAAAGAUCCUGAUAUCGCAGAUAUCAUUGCAAUCCGCACCGAUUUGCAUUGCCCUGAGGGUCGUAUUGUGCUGAACAAGUCAGUGGAGCGCGACCGACAUCAACUGACACAGGACGGGCGCCUCAUCUCGCCGGUCGGGGUCGGAGACUCCUAUUGCUUCGAAGCCUUCGACAGUCGCUGGUGUCCUGAUGGCGACAUCCUCAUUACUGCCGUCAACUGCUUCGUGAAGGUCAAAGAUGUGAAAAACUUCCAAAUAUCAUUCGUCCUGAUCAGCAUAUCGAGCGUAUGCCUGGCGUUGACCCUGGUGGUGUACAUAGCGCUGCCGGAGCUACGCAACCUGCAUGGACGCACCCUCAUCUGUCACGUGAGCAUGAUGCUGCUGGCGUUCAGCUGCCUCGCUCGCGUGCAGUACAGCCGAGUCCCCGACGACACUGCCUGCACUCUGCUGGGGUACGGGAUCUACUUCGGCUUCGUCGCCGCGUUCGCCUGGCUCAACGUCAUGUGCUUCGACAUCUGGUGGACAUUUGGGAGUGUUCGUACCGUGCAGCCGAUGCGCAAAGCUGACGCUGAGCUGCGACGGUUCCUCUGGUACUCCUUAUACGCUUGGAGUACGGCCAUCUUCCUCACUCUCGUCAUGUUUCUGUUCGACAAGUAUCCUGUAGCUCCGUUCUUAGACGCCAACAUGGGAGAGGGAAUGUGCUGGUUUGGAACGGUGCAGAACUCAGGAUCAGACUGGCCGCAUUACAUUUACUUCGUCAUCCCUAUGGGGCUGGUGACUUGUACCAACUUCGUGUUGUGGGUGCUGACUGCUCGUCACUGUGCGAGGGUCAAGUCUGAGGUUCAUCGGCUCCAAGCAGGCUCCGUUGGUGAUCGGGCUAAACGACGUUUCCGCGUCGACAGAGCUAAGUACGUGUUGACGGGAAAACUCUGGGUAGUGAUGGGUGCUGGCUGGAUCUCCGAGUUGCUGUCCACCAUCGUGUCGGAACCUCUGUGGCUUUGGUCCAUCAUCGACCUUACCAACGAACUCCAAGGAGUCUUCAUCUUCCUCAUACUAGUUAUCAAACCUAAGCUGUAUUACCUGAUACGAAAGAGGCUAGGGCUGGAGAAGCCGGACGCUCAGAAGAAUGGCACAUCGUCGUCCGCGCGGACGUCAUCCACAUUCCUGUCUCGCGCGCUCAGCACGGACGAGCGGAACAAUGCGCGCAUGUCGCUCAACAUCAAACAGCCUUAAAUGGAACACACUCCAUUGAAUUCAGCAGAUAAUCUGGCAAAAAAUCACCUUUAAUUAUUCUAACGCUAGCAAAACAUUUAAUUGGUAUUUUCGAUUUUUAAGGUGAUAAGCAUUUAAAUGAGAAAAGUAUAAGCAGUGGUCGAAAUUAUCCCAAGUGAAAUAUGUGCAUUUAUAAAAUGGUGUCCCUUUGAGGAGAGGAGUAAUAUUUACUUAUGUUUAUGUACCACCACAACUAAUAAUAUUAGUUCUUAAAAAAUUGAAUAAUUAUGGUGUUUCCAUUGGUGUCAAGGUUUCCAGUGUCAAGUUCUCGACAAAAUAACACGCUUCACGCAUGUUCUUGUAUGCAGUCAAAAUCAUCGUUUUCAUUUGGAUAACUUUUCUAAAUUUUAAUAUUGGUCUAGUCAUAGAUUAAGUGAUUAAUAAAGUGUCAUAAUUCAUUAUGUUUUAGCACUUGUUUAGAUUGAGCUACGAUGCUUUGUUGUAUGAAUGCUAGUUUCUAACACAUAAUUAGGUAUUAAUGAAUUGCCUGUUAGCACUAUGUGGCUAUGAUGAGUUCACGGAGGCUUUAUAGAAUGAAUAAUGUUUCUAUUGUAUGUAACCUGUCUAGUUUUUAAGCGUAAGUGUUAUUCCAAUUAUUUUAUGAAGGUUUGAGAAUGUGUUUUAACACAACUUAAGUAUUGAUUCAACCGAAAUCUUUGAAACAGUAUUGAUUUUAAUCUUGGUCUCUCAUUUGCCUUUAUUUUUAUAGACAAUGUGUGUUUUAAUUGUUCAUAAUGAGGAUUAUUCUUUGAGGUUUUGUUGAAAUACUCUAGAAUUCGAAAAAAAAAAACUCGAGAAAACUAAUUUCUGUGGAUGCUAGAUGCUAUAGAAAUGAAAAGAUGCGAAAUAAGUAUUCUUUUCGAAUCUGUGGUAUUUAAAAGAAGUAUUUUUUUAUUCAAAGUAUUAUAAAAGGGUGCAUAUUAAUGCAUCUUCGUUUCUGGGAUGUAGACUGACAAGUUGUGAAUGCACACCUGCACUGAUAGACUUUAAUCACAAUAUAAGUGUUCUUAUAGAUACCGUAACUGUUAUGCAUAGUUAUAAAACUAUGAGAUAUAUUAUACGUUGAACGGAGAAGGGUGCCAUAUAGAUUUUGUAUACCUUAAAAGGCUUCCACCUCUUUCUAUAAUUUUUUACAGUAACGUAAGACUAAAUAGCUAGCUAUAAAAAUUAUAGUAGCUUAGAGGCGUUACAUAUUUGUAACCAUAGUUUUCGUACGUCCUCUAAAAUAUAUUGUCUAUGACGAAGAUAUCUACUUUUUUUGCGAUGACACUAGAUUUAUAUUACCUACGAGUAAAUGUAUUCUUUAUUCAUUAAGUACCUACAAUGAGCACGAUUAAGUAUUUUUAAUAAAAAUAUUGUAUUUACUUUUGUAUUAUAAUACACGUAAGAUAAUGCCUUCACGAAUCUGAUUUUUAAUUAGAAUAUAAAGAAAAGGAAAGAGAAAAAGACGAAAAAAAUAAAACAUUCUUCAUUCCA